CGACGCAGUCUAACCGGAAGCAGUUCUGAUAACCCCUUGCUGUUAUGACAUCUUCCGGUGGUUUCGCUCUUCCUUUCCGUGUCGGCCAUUAUACAGAGCAGAGACCACCGUGGGACGCGUCUCCUGAAAAUAAAUCAAGAUGCAGAACGAUGCCGGUGAAUUCGUGGACCUUUACGUCCCCCGUAAAUGCUCUGCGAGCAAUAGAAUCAUUGGUGCUAAGGACCAUGCCUCUAUUCAGAUCAACAUUGCUGAGGUAGACAAGGUCACAGGCAGGUUCAACGGGCAAUUUAAGACGUACGCCAUUUGUGGAGCCAUUCGCAGAAUGGGUGAAGCAGAUGACUCUCUUCUGAGGCUGGCGAAGAACGACAGCAUUGUCUCAAAGAACUUCUGAAUCUGAAGAUGUGAUUUUGAAGUUUGUCCUUUGUAAAAUAAAAAGGAAAAAGAAACUGA